AUGCUGGCUGUGCGUUCGCUGGUGCUGCGCGUGUCUCCAGCCGCAUAUAAGCAGGCAGUGCGUGCCUUUAGCGGAAACCGAGAAUAUCCCAAGGUUGAGGGAAGUGUAGCAGAUAUUACAAAGGCACUGACGACUAUCGGUGUGCGCUUGUCGAUUCCCACGGCACCUUUAUACUUCACGCCGCUCAAGAUCGAUCAUGUGGUGCGUGAGAUGAAGGGAAAGGACGAGCUCUUGCAAGUGCAAAAGACGCUAUUGCUAUGCGAUGCCAAGAUGGCCUAUCCUUCGGACUUUGCUACCGGCAGCUUCUUCUCGGCCUGCAUCAAACUGGACGCAGCAGACGUGGCACUCGAGUUCUUACGUCAGGCCGAGAACGUGCGUCAUUACGUGAAGAAUCAGAGUUUUGUACGUCUGGCUGAACAUUUUGAUCGUCAAGAGAAUCAAGAGGUUGUGGACGAGAUUGUUCAGAUCAUGCAAAAGAAGCACGUGCCCGUGACCUAUAAGAUGUACACGUUCCGUGUGCUUAAUGCCAGAAAACAGGGCAAGUGGAACGAAGCAGUAGCACUUGCUAAAGAGGCGGCUAAUGAUAUCCAGAUUAACUCCCACCUUAUUAUUAAGCUGCUGCAGGAUAAGAACGGAGACAUCCUCAAACAGCACAUUCCGUUGGCCAAGUACCUUGCGGACAAGGGCGACGUGUAUGUGAAUGCACGGCUCGCUGAUAUAUUUGCAGGAGGAGAUGGCAAAUUGCCAGAGCCUAACGUGGAGGAGUCGGAGUCUAACGUGGAGGAGCCGGAGUCUAACGUGGAGGAGUCGGAGUCUAACGUGGAGGAGCCGGAGCAGGCCGAAACCGAAACCAGCACGAAGAAAAGGGAGGCUGAAGACUAG